AUUUAUCGCUUCACAGAUGAAGGACAAACUUUGAUCCAUAUACAUUGAGAUAUCUCAUACUUUACAGGCCCUGAAAAUAAAACACGAGGAUCCUCCUGAAAGGAUGGACACUGAAGAGGAGAUGAGUUCAAACAGUGACGAGAGACCUGACCUGGUUUCUGCAUCCACCAGUGGCACAAGGGAUAAAGGAAAGAGAAAGCUGGAUCUUCACGACCGGUCCAGCGAAUGGCAGUCACCAACUAGAAAAUCACGACUUGACACUGAACCGGGAUCAGAAGGAAUCAUACUGUCUGAUGUAAAAAAAAUCAUGGGAGGUGUCCAGAAAAAACUGCCUAACCAAGACAACAAGCUCAACAACUUCCUCAAGCAAAGAAUCAGUGAUUUGGAGACAGACAAGAGGGAGCUGGUUGGUGUCUUUGGUAAAACCGGGGCUGGGAAGAGCUCUUUGAUAAAUGCAAUCAUUGGAGAGAAGAAUCUCUUGCCAUCUGGAAGUGUCAAAGCAUGUACUUCAGUCAUGAUUAAAGUCGAGGCUAACAGGCACAACAUGAAGUACAAGGCACACAUUGAGUUCAUCACAAAAGAGGAGUGGAAAGAUGAGUUGUGGACCUUGAAGAAUUUCCUUGAGGAUAACACGGAUCAGGAGGAUGAUGAGGAUGAUGAGGAUGAUGAUUGUGAAACCGAUGAAAAGCUGUCAGCUCUGUAUGGAGAGGAAUGGAAAAACAAAUCUGUGGAAAAUCUCAUGGAAAACAAACAUUUCAAAGAAAUCCCAGAAUUUCUCCAUUCCAAGAGCAAGAUUUUGACAUGUGAAACAGCUGGAGAGCUCUCUGCGAAAUUGGUCAAAUACACAAGAAGUGACUCAAAAGACGGAGAAGGUGAAGGAGUAAAGAGGUGGUACUGGCCACUGGUGAAGUGUGUGACUGUGAGGGUGCCAGAUAAUGAUUUUCUCCAGCACGUCACACUUGUGGAUCUUCCUGGAAAUGGGGACUGUAACAAGAGCAGAGACAAGAUGUGGAAAGGGGUUGUUGGAAGUUGCUCUACUGUGUGGGUCGUGACUGACAUUGAUCGAGCAGCAGCAGAGAAGGAAGCCUGGGAGAUCCUGGAAAGUGCCAGCAGCCUCAUGGGAAAUGGUGGCGAGUGUCAGCGCAUUGACUUUAUCUGCACCAAGUCAGAUAAUAUUGAAGACUGCGAUGAUCAGUCAGCAGCUGGUGUUCGUGAUCUCAUAUUUAAAAGAAACGAACAAGCCAAGGAACAAGUGAAACAAAAAUUCAGCAAACUAAAGCAGUCUAAGAAACAUUUCACUGAUGAAUGUUUGGAAGUAUUCACAGUGAGCGUCAAAGAGUUUCUCAAAGGGAAACAUCUAGACGCAAAUGGCACUGAGAUACCCAAACUUCAGGAAGUUCUGCAAGAUCUCAACGACUGUCACUCAGAGACAUUUAACUAUGUGUCUGGAGCUCUUGGGAUUCUCUCUCUGAUUCAAGGGGCCAGACAAAGACAAGGGGAUGACAAGACAGAUGUGUGCACAGAACUUGAAAAAAAGAUGAAUCUUGGACUUGACAAUGUCAGAAAAUCCAUUGAAAAGACUCACUGGUCUUUUGAAAGACGCCUCAGUGAGGGUGUCGAAAAACUAAAAAGUUCAUGGGAAAAGAAAUUGGAGUCGGUCCUUCAGAGCAAGAAUAAAGGCUUUCACAGGACAUUGAAGUGUGUAGUUAAUUACGGCGGCAAACACAAACCGAGAGGAAAGAAAGAAAUAAACCUGAACAUGAAGUUGGCUUCAUGUCUGACUGACAGCAUUGAUGAGGAAUUCAAGAAGACCUUCCCAAAUGAAGGAAAAAGUGAACCAUUUAAUGGGAUCAUCAACAAGUUUUCACUUGACACAAAGAGGAUGAUGAUGCGAAAGGGGCAAAAGAACAAAUAUGUUGAACUGCAACUCAUGUUUCUCAGAACAGAGGAAGAAAUAAUUAAGACAAAACUGAACAAAAUCAUCCGGGAUCGCAAGAAAAUAAUCUACAGCAGUCUGAUGACGACAAUCGAGGAAGACAUGCAAGAAUGCUAUCAAAAAGCACAAAAAUGUACAGGAGCCGGCUCACUGGACAAUAUGAGGAGAACUAUUAUGGAACAUGUACAUAAUUCAGGGAACAUCAUGUUUGAGAAAGCGAAAAAUGAAAUGUUGAACCAGCUGGUCAACCUGAAGAUGGAGAUCCUGGAGAAACUGGAGAAAACAAUGCAGAAAUCAAUCGAGCUGUCACUCAAGACAGAUGGUGCCUCAAUCCCAGAUGUUAAAGCGGAGCUUGAGAUGGUGAAGAAGCACUACAUGGAACUGAUGUGAAGCCCAGGUGAUGAACCUCUUGUUUGAUCCACCGGGUCCAACAGCUGCACUGCAUCCAUGACAUCUACACAGGUUUGCUCAGUGGAGAGAAACUGCAGAGGCCUGAUCACCCACUGAAGGUUCCUGCAGGCAUUAGAGAGGAGAGGCUUCUGGAUUUAGUCUCAACCAGUUUUGUCAAGUUAUUAUCCCUGUUUUUUAUAUGUACUAUUGUUGUUUGGUGGUGGUGAUUUACAUGUGUGGGGGUUUCAGAUUUUCUGGUUCUGUUAGGACAUUUUUGCCUUAAAGAUUAAAGAUCAGAGGCAGAAAUGUGUGGAGAAAGAAAGAGGGAUGACAUGCAGCAAUCCCAAUCAGAUUUAAACAUUGUGAUUUUAAUGUCUUAGCCAUUAGGCCACUAUGAAGUCCAAGAGACUGUUUGUUUUUAAUGAUUUAACAGGUUUUUUCUUCAAUAUAUUUUCAAAUUUUUUGUCCAUGAUUUAUAUUUUAGUAGUUUAGCAUGCUGAAAUUUCAAUGAUUUUAUAGUCGUCCUGAACCUGGAUUACAGUACAUAUCACAGGUUGGAUUGGACAGAGACUUCAGGCUUAUUGAAGGAAUUAUCUCAAUCGUUUUUCUUUCA